UAACUACAUAACUGUUUGUCUGACAUUUGCCUUUUACAGAGAAUGCAGGAAAACUGCAUCAGAAUGGACUAAAUCUGGCCCAGCAGACUUAGGACAUCACCAGGAUACACCGGUAUGUUUCAUAACAGCAGAACUACAGCAGAAAAACUCAUGGAGGAGAAAGAAAAGGAGCUGAGAAAAGCCGCCGGGCGAGGUGAGGAGGACAGAGUUAAACAGCUCCUUGCUGAGGGAGUCAAUGUCAAUGCUGCUGACAACGGCAGAUGGACUGCUCUCCACCAAGCAUCCAUGUACGGCCACACAGGAACUGUACAGGCUUUACUCACAGCUGGAGCAACAAUCGAAGCACGAAGCGACAUGGUAACUUUUCUUGAGUCUGUCUAA